UUAUCAAACUUGUAUUUACGUGUGCGUGUUGUUUUCACAUAUUCAUAUAUAAAUCAAACUAACAACAACUUAGCUGAAUCACGUUAAAGUUUGGUGGUUGAACUUUAGAAAAAGCUGAAUCAAUUGAAUGGGUUGUGUUUGUUCAACUUCAUCUUCAGAGAAAGUUAAAACACCAGGUUAUGAGGAUCCAACAAUUCUUGCUUCGGAGACACCUUGUGAGUAUCCAUCAUCAUCAAUAACUGUUACUGUGAGUGAAGUUGAUGCAUUAUAUGAACUGUAUUUGAAGUUAAGCAAUUCUAUUAUUGAAGAUGGUCUUAUUCAUAAGGAAGAAUUUCAGCUAGCACUGUUCAGAAAUAAAAAUGAAAAAAAUCUGUUUGCUGACAGGAUUUUUGACCUAUUUGAUGUAAAGCGCAACGGGGUUAUAGAGUUUGGCGAAUUCGUUAGAUCUCUCGGUGUUUUUCACCCAAACGCAGCUUUAGAAGACAAAAUUGCAUUUGCUUUUAGAUUGUAUGAUUUGAGACAAACAGGGUACAUUGAAAAACAGGAGUUAAAGGAAAUGGUGUUGGCACUUUUGCAUGAAUCAGAUCUUUAUCUUUCAGAUGAGAUGAUAGAAUCCAUUGUGGAUAAAACAUUUGAAGAUGCUGAUACAAAAGAGGAUGGAAGGAUUGAUGAAGAUGAAUGGAAAGCUUUUGUUUCUCAACAUCCAUCUUUGAUUAAGAACAUGACUCUUCCAUAUUUAAAGGAUAUUACUUUGGCAUUUCCCAGUUUCAUUGCAAGAACUGAAGUUGAAGACUCAGAGGUGUGAAUAAUUUAGGACUUUUUCUGUUUAUUCACUUGUGAAAAGGAGAGAAAAAAGAAAGAGAAAGUAGAAAAGAAAAAGGAGAAAGUGAAAUGGUAAAGGGAGGAUUGUAGAUUGUAGAGGUCUUUUCUCUUUCAGUAAAGGGAGGAUUGUUGGGGCCAAUUUUGUAAUGGUAAGAAUGUGUCAUGUAUAUAAAGCUACCUACUUGUAUUGAAAUGACUGAUGGUGAGCAGAGAUUUGCGAAGUAUAUUAUUAAAUUAUAUGUUUAAA